AUGCCCAGCGACAGCCUACCUGUGACUUGCAGGCGCCGCGGCCAAGGCGAGCCCGGGGCAGGGGAAAGGGCGGGCGGCGAGGGUGGGGUCCUCCCCAGGAGCGGUUCUUGGGGAGCCGCUCGGCCCGCCCCUCCCUGCCUCCCUCCCUCCGCGGCCCGAGGUGGGCCAGCCAGGGCGGGCGAGAGGCUGCGCGGAGGCAGCAGAGGCGAAGGGGCGGCGCUGGCCUGCCCGGCCCUGGUGGUGCGUGGGCGACUGGCGGCUGGGCUACCCAAGAUGAGCGCUCGCGGGGCGCCCCAGCCCGCCGACCUGCUGGACGUGGCCGCCGUCUAUGGCGACAACCGCAGCCUCUUCCAGCCGCCCGGGGGCAGCGGCGGCUACGGCCUGGCGGAGGCCGGCAGCCCCUACCUGUGGCUCAACGGCUCGGCGGUCCCCUCGCCCCCUUACCUGGCCGCCUCGGGCCCUGCCGCCGCCGCCGCCGGCCCCUUCCUGCCCGCCUCCUCCUCGGCGCCCUACGGCGGGCGGCCUCUGCUGGGAGCCCCGACGGCGGCGCCGGAGCUGGGCUGGCUGUCGCUGGCCGGCCAGCAGGACUUGCUGAAGCUGGUGCGGCCGCCCUACUCCUACUCGGCGCUCAUCGCCAUGGCCCUGCAGAGCGCGCCCGGCAAGAAGCUCACCUUGAGCCAGAUCUACCAGUACGUGGCCGGCAACUUCCCCUUCUACAAGAAGAGCAAGGCCGGCUGGCAGAACUCCAUCCGCCACAACCUCUCGCUCAACGACUGCUUCAGGAAGGUGGCCCGCCAGGAGGACGACCCCGGUAAAGGCAAUUACUGGACCUUGGAUCCGAACUGUGAGAAGAUGUUUGACAACGGCAAUUUCAGGAGGAAGAGAAAGCGAAGGUCUGAUCCAGCUAACAGUCUUGGAGCCACCAACAAAGCUGAGGACAAAGGAAGCAGUUGUAGCAGCCAGCAAGCACUGGAAACUCCUGCCUUGAUCAGCUCAGGCUCUUCUCCAGUGCUGUGUUCUCAGAGUUCUGUCAAUGACUGCAAAUCCACCAGCCUGGAUUCCAGCAGUUGUUUCUCCUCCUUCUUCUCUACCAUGAAUGCUGCAGUCCAUAACAGAAAUGGCUUCUCCAGGCAGCUGGGCUCUGAAUUCCCACAUGGGAACCAGAAUGGGUCCAGCUUGAGUUCUUGCUCUGCCUCCAACAGUAGCUCAGCUUCAGCAUUUGAACUCAGUUCUCAGAACCACUCUAGAGUCAAUUACUACACAGGUGCUGGUAGCCAGAUGAGUUGGCUUAGCACCCCUGUCCUGAGCACCUUCAGUGUGAACAAUCUGAUAUACAACAAAGAAGGGACAGAGGUUUAAAAGGACUUUGAAAUAGCCUUGGUUUGAAGUAAGCAGCUUUUAUUGAGUACCUAG